AGCUCGUCUCGUUUUGAUGCGACUGCAACAAAAAAUGGAGUGUUUGUUAUAAACAACGCAAAGUUUUAGAAAUUUUCGGUAAAUUUUGCCUGAAUUAUCUCAUGAUAGCAUAUUAAAUAAGUUUAGGAGAAUAGUUUAACAGUUACGGAUUGUAGUGGUUGACCGUGAUCGUGAAAAUGCGAGCGUCGGGGCCGAUUUACAGUGCGUUUGUUGUGCUGCUGGUAGUGCUGUUAGGAUCAGACAAUGUGCAUUCCCAACGAAUCAAGGACAACAUGUACACGCCGAUCAGCGGGGCGCACUGCUUCCGGCGAUUAAACGGAACGCACGUAACCGGAUGCAGUUCCAAGUUGGGCGGAUCCGUGGGCGUUUUGCACUUCAUUCGUUCGGAGGCGGACAUUGACUUCGUGGUGCGAAAGCAUCCUGCCCCUCCUUACGCUCCGGUUCUGGCGCCUCAUCUGUUCACGCGGGAAAAUAUCCUCCGGCUGCGCAACCAGGGCGGUCGUCACGUUUCCGCUGUGGUGCUGAUUAACAAUGCCACGGAGCUGCAGCAGUUUAGUCAGGAAUCGCGCUGCCCGAAUCAAUUUAGUAGAUUUGCUGGGAGGGAAGAAGAAACGUGCGAUGUGGAGCGGCCGGAAGGCAGUUGGAAUCCCUGGGGAACGGGGCUGCUGUUGGAGGAUUUCCCCUUCCCGAUCUACUACGUGGCCGAUCCGGAUGAGAUCGAUAAGCUGUACGAUUGCUUCGAGAAGUUCAACAAUUUUGAUCUGGAGAACCAGCACAAGAGAAGCCUUUGCAGCAUCGAGGUGAAUGCCUUCAUGUCGGCAGCUGUCGACACGAGGGUUUGUCUGACCAGAUCGACGGUUUUCAAUUCGCUGACGCCGGUCAAGUUUUGCGAUCCCCUUCAGGGCAAGAACGUCUUUGCCACGUUGUUCCCUCGAACUUUGGUCAAGCCGGAAGAGAGAAAAGUGGACCCAAGCGAGAGGAUAAUCUUAGUGUCCAGUCGAAUGGAUACGACGACGAUGUUUGAUGGAAUUGGAUUGGGCGCGAUGGAUUCGUUGGUUCCGUUUACGGUCUUGGUUUCCGUGGCGCAUUUCCUAGCAAAAGUUCUGCCGGAACGGGUUAAGCCAACCGAUCCCAACGUGCUGUUUAUGUUCUUCAACGGGGAAUCGCACGAUUACAUCGGAUCGCAACGUUUCGUGUACGAUCUGCAGAAGGGAGCCUUCCCAACGAAAGGAGGCCUCACCAAUCCCAUUUCAAUGGAGAACAUCGAUCUGAUGAUAGACCUGGGAACGAUGGACGAUCUGAACAAGCUUAAAAUCUACAGAGCUUCUGAGCUGCCUAUCGCGGAUAAAAUUGCUCAAAUGUUCGGGAGGAUCAACUCCAGAUUUGCGUUCAAUAUCUCGGUGGAUAAGGCCGCUCCGAAGGAAGGUCUGCCUCCUGUUUCCUCCCAUUCGUUCCUCCGGGAAAACGCAUCCUUCCCCUCGGUAGUGAUCACGUCGGUCCCCGGAAAUCGCUACUACCAUUCCAUCUACGAUGACAGCGAGAAUCUCAAGUACACUUAUGGAAAUCACUCGACGGAACAUGACUUCACUCAGCUGGAAGACCUUGGCCAGCGGAACGCUCUUUUCGCGGAAGACUCCAUCCAACUGCGGUUGAGAAAUGUUUCAUCCCUCGUGGGGAUGGCGAUCUACGAGCUGAUCACCGGCUCGAAGUACGACCCUCGCUUCGGAACCAACAGUGUGCUGAUCGAUGAGUUCCUCUACUGUUUCCUACUAUCAGCCGAUUGUCCACUGUUCCACGCCGCAGCCAAACCCGACUACCCCAAGGCUUUCCCCGUUCCCCCUGUUCGUUACAUCAGCGUCCACUCCACGCUCCCCUCCGAAGCUUCCGGUUGGACGCAUCGCAUUCUCGGCUUGCUGGUCGGACAAAAAGUGGCCCAGAACACCAAAGCCGACUGUCAGGCCCUCCACCUGCCCUACAAUUGGUACGCGGGCUACUCCGGGCUGGGCGAGUGCCGUUGGACGACGCAGAACUUCACCCAGGCCCUGUCGCCGGCUUUCCUGGACGAUGCGUAUGACUUCAAGUCGCAUCGCUACUCGACCUGGACCGAGUCCACGUGGCGGGAGUUUUCAGCGCGGAUUUUCCUGCGGCCUUCGGCGGCGCACGAAACCCUCACCCUUUCGAUUGGGUUCGUCGUGAUGGUGAUCUCGUUCGUGCUGGUGUUUCUCAUCAACAGCCGGUCCGAGGUGCUGUUCAACCAGAGCUCGGCGACGAUACCGUAAGAUAGCGCCUCCAACGCAGUGCUAAGCACUCAUUUCAUCAACUGAUAUUUCGGAUGAGACUCAUUUUCCCGUCCCCUUUAUGUCAUCUCAACCCUAACUUCCUUAGUCGUAUUCAAUAUUCUCGCCAACCACAUCAACUAAACCCAUUAUAAAACUCUAGCAAUUUAGCUGCUAACUAAUUUUUAUUCCAAGUAUCAAUCAUAGAUAGUUUGUUUAAGAUUGCAAUGUGCGAUAAAUUAUUGACCAAACCACAAAA